GAGAAAUUACUUUUUUCUAUUUACUUUGUCUUUGUUUCAACAAACAUCUUUUUGCAAAACAAAAAUUUGAAAAAGCGGACAUUGCUUCAGUUCUGAUUCUUAAGCUGUGAGCACUAUGGAUCUCACAUUCAAGCAUGGCGUGGUGCUGAUGGACCAGCUGAAGAGGAUGCGGGAGACUGAACAUCUGACAGAUGUUGUGUUGGUGGCUGAAGGCAUCAGCUUCCCUUGCCACAGGGUUGUGCUUUCAGCAUUCAGCCCAUACUUUCGUGUCAUGUUUACAUGUGGCCUUCGAGAGUGCCACAACAGAGAGAUCUUCCUGAGGGACACGCCAGCAGAUAGCCUGGCUCUUCUCCUAAACUACAUGUACUGUGCUGAUCUGCCUCUCACUAACGACAAUGUACAAGGCAUUGCUGUCGCCUCCUUUUUUUUACAGAUGGAUGAUGUUUUUAAUCGCUGUAGGCAGCACAUGACAGAGAACAUGGACGCGUCCAACUGCCUUGGUGUGUAUUACUUUGCUCGUGACCUUGGUGCAGAGGAACUGGCUGACCACGCAUAUCAUUACCUGAAGCAACACUUUGUUGAAGUAUGUCAAAAUGACGAGGUCGUUGAGCUGGAGGCCCAUCAGCUCGUCAAACUCAUCUCAUCAGAUGAUCUCAAUGUUUCCAGAGAAGAAACUAUCUUAGAUGUUGUCCUUCGCUGGGUGAACCAUGGGAGUCUGCUGGAUGAGGAGUUACGUGCUCGACACCUUCCAGAGCUGCUGAGGAAAGUGCGACUGCCUCUCAUAAAUGCAGAUUAUUUAAGAGAAAGUAUGAGAAGCAACACAGCUCUGCUGGCUGAUGCUGAAUGUCUAGAGAUGUUGAAUAUGGCUUUGGAUGUCGGAGAAAUGCAUCCAUGUGCUGCACCACGAAAAAUGAAGUUGAGGUAUGGCAUGGAGACCACAGACCUGCUGCUUUGUGUGGGAAAUGACAGUGAUGGGAUAAGGUCAAGAUAUGGCAACUACUGCGAGCGCAGUUUUUGCUUUGCUCCAUCUACAGGUCGAAUUUAUUAUAUGACCUCACCUAGCUAUGGAGAUGCUCUGGGACACGUUGGUGCUGGGGUUGUGACAGAACAAAAUAUCAUUAUUGUGUCAGGAGAAGCAAAUGCCCGCAAGAUGGCCCGGAAAAAAGACAUAAAUGUUGACAUUUUCAGAUACAAAGUUGAGGCGCAAGGAAGCUGGGAGCAGAUGACAUCUGCAGAGUACCGUGAUUCCUAUGGUUUAGCUUCGCUAGGGGACACUCUGUAUCUAGUGGGUGGAUUAAUGAAGUUGAAGAACCAGUAUCUUAUCACUAACUGUGUGCAGCGCUGGUCCCUGCAGGGAGGCCCUUGGCGCAGUGCAGCUCCUUUGCCCUUUCCUUUGGCCUAUCACAGUGUGGUCAAAAUGAAUGAUCGUCUUUAUGUCAUGGGUGGCCGAACUCCACAGUCAUAUCGUCUGGAUGAUGAGCCUGACCGCCUCAGUAACCGCCUCCUGGAAUAUGACCCAAACACAAACAGAUGGACUGAACUAGCUCCUAUGAAGUACUCAAAGUAUCGCUGUGCUGCUGUGGUACUCAAUGGGGAAAUAUAUGUGAUGGGAGGCAUAGGGUGUGAAGGUCUAGACCGAGGUCAGUCUCGUCACUGCCUUGAUGCUGUGGAGAUAUAUAAUCCAGAUGGAGACUUCUGGAAAGAGGGACCUCAACUUCCAUGUCCCCAACUUUCACUGCGCACCAAUGCUUCAAAUGCAGGAGUGGUGGGAGGCAAAAUUUUUAUCUGUGGAUAUUACAGAGGAGCAGAUCGUCAUGAUAACAUAACAAAGGACAUUCUGGAGUUAGAUCCGAAGGAUCAGCGCUGGACAGUGGUGGCUCGCCACACUCUAAUGCACGACAACUAUGACGUGUGCCUCGUAGCAAAGCUCAACCCAAGAGGCCUCAUGUCCCCACCAGCAGACCUAAUUAAACAAUGACUCUUUAGUCACAUUUCAGAGUGUAGUGGCAGAGUUUGAAGCUAAAAGCAAGUCCGACGCUCAUGGGCAUGUAAUCAGGGUUAUGUGCAAAAAAUGAUCUGCAAUACACUUUAAAGUGAGAUGUAAAUAUACAGGUUUAAUAUGAGUUUGUACAGUGAUAAAUAUACACCAUACUAGCUCUUAGAAGAUCAUGACCUUAUUUUAUUACACAUUUAGACAAACCUGCAUACAUGGAUAAAGUAAUCUAUAAUAUUUUAACUUUUUUUUAUUGGAUUGUAUAUACCUUUUAAUUGUACCCCAGAAAUGUUAUAAAUGAAUACAAAUAAAGUAAUUCAUAUUUCCAGUAAAUCAGAUCACUGUCUAGGAAAGGCUAUUUACAAUGGAUUAUUUUACAAAAUUUUCUUUCACCUAAACAUUAAAUCCUACUCAAAUAAUAUAAUAAAUAAUA